UGCAAUGUGUAUAACAUUAUUUAUAGAAAAGUAUACUUACAAACAUUUAAUCUUAUUGUUUGGCUUGUUGAAACAAUUGUGCAAGUUGCUAACGUCUACUAUAAAAGAUGUGGCCAUUCUUUUACAGAAGGACAAUUACAGUGGUGCGGUGAUAAUGUUUAACCAUUUUUUGAUAUUUUUAAUUUGUGAUGUGUGUCUUAUGACGCUUUCUUAUGCAGGAGGCGAUGUCAAUCCUGCCGAAAGCGCAGCAUGUAAUCCUUGCGGAAAAAACGAAAGAUUAGUGAAGUGUCCCGAAACUCUCUGUGUACCUCUGAGUUGCAAACAAGUUGGGUUCCCCGUUCCCUGUCCCAUAGUGGGGCCAGGUGGACCAUGCCAUAAGCCUGCUGAAUGCAUAUGUAUUGACGGCUACCUGAGGAACAACAAAGGAGUCUGCGUGCCGAAGCAACAGUGCCCGUCCUGUGGAGGCGAUAGAAAUGCGAUUCCAGGCUGCGGGUUUCAGUGUGAAACACGACGUUGUGAUAAAAAUAUUAAAACUAUUAUGAAAUGCCCUUGUGACCGGAAUGGCUGUAAGUGCAAAAAGGGCUAUGUUUAUGAUGACAAACAAAGAAAAUGUGUUUUACCAAAACAGUGUUCUAAACCUAAGAAGAAUGAAGUGUGGUCUCCUUGUGGGGAUUUCGGUUGCGAGAAACGAAACUGCACUCAGAUUGAUCAGCCCGAUAUCUGCAUAGACCCUAUCGAGUGUGUCGGUGGUUACGUCUGCAGGAAAGGUUUUUUGAGAGCACGGAACGGUACCUGCAUCCCCAGGGAUCGAUGUUACGAUGAUUUAUGUCCAAAACCGAAUGAGUACUACGAUUCUUGUCCGAGCUCCUGUCCAGCGAGGAAAUGCGGUAUCGACGACCGACUACUUGACUGCGUACCCGAACUAGAGCCUGGUGACCCUGGCUGCCCUGCACCAGCUUGCCGCUGCGAAUGUGGUUACUAUAGGGACAACAAGGGCAACUGCGUGGUUUGGGAAGACUGUCCUGAGAAUACGACCCCUGAAGUUCCAGAAAAAUGCUCUGAUGACGCUUUAGAUUUACUACGACAGGGAAAUGCCAUAUUUACUGCAAAAUGUCUAUACGAAGCCUACAUGACAACUCCUAAAAAUAGUUUGAUAAUGUCAGCUAUAUCCAUAUUCGUACCAUUUGGUGUAUUGGGUGCUUAUUCCGGAGGCGUGACGCAUGAACAACUUAUGAAAACAUUAAACCUGCGAACCAAAGCAGACAUCAGAUGCGUCUUCCCGAAGUUGACGAACAGUUUAAAAUCUAGCAAAGACGUUACACUUAAUUUGGCAGCGAGAACAUAUUUCACUGAAAAAUAUCCACUUUCACCAUCUUUCCUGGAUGAUAUGAAUAACACCUUCGAAGCUGGCGUGGAGGCCUUAAACUUUUUGGUUCCUCAAGACGCAGCUAAUAGAAUCAAUGCAUGGGUCGCCAGUAACACUAACAACCGCAUAAAGGAUCUCGCAUCGCCUGACAUGUUUGACGAGUUUACAAGAUUAGUCAUCGUUAAUGCCAUCUUUUUCUUGGGCAACUGGGUAGAUCAGUUCAAUCCAAAUAACACCAUCAACCGUCCAUUUUACAUGGCUGAUAAUAAAUCAGAAGAAAUUCCGACUAUGUACCAACAGGGCAGUUUUAAAUAUGGAGAAGAUAAUAACCUAGAUUGUAAGAUGUUAGAAUUGGAUUACAAGGGAGAAGGCUUCUCAUUUUUUAUACUUUUACCAAAUCCUGUGGACGGCGUGCGUACUUUAAUACAAAAGCUGCGAGAACCAAAAGCUUUCUACAGUGCAUAUAACGCUACAUCUUAUGAGAAAGUCAAUAUUCACUUACCGAAAAUCAAAAUCGAAUCUGAAUAUAAUCUAGUAGACCUAUUGCGGAAGGUAGGAAUAACAGAUAUAUUUGACGAAAAAAAAUCCAACUUAACAGGUAUUUUACAAAAAUAUGAACCACUUUAUAUAACUACUGCGAUACAAAAAGCUUUUAUUCAAGUAGAUGAAACUGGCACAGAAGCGGCCGCUGCCAACAUAUUUGUUGGAGCUGCUAUUACGUCCGUUGGAAUAGAGCGUCCUGUAUACGAAUUUAAUGCGGAUCACCCAUUCCUAUUUUAUAUCUUAAAGGGACGUGAUAUUAUUUUCAGCGGAACUUUCACGAAUGCCUAAAUGAAUUAGAUGCAUUACAUAGGUCCACAGUUUCGUAAGCUGAGAGUGCAUAAUUAUCUCGAAUUUUGAUUAUAAUAUCAAAUUGUAUAAUAUACUCCAUUGAUUUGAUAGAUUAUAUCGUUUUGGCCUAUUC